GGGGGCGGUGGCUGGGGCUGCCUUUCAGACAUACUCGCCCCGCACCGGAUCCGAGGGUGGGUCUCUCUUUCUCUCUCCUCCCGGAGGGGAUUGCAAGACUUUUGGAAGCCCCUCUUUCCUGCGAUUGCCCCCUCCCUGCCUUCCUUCCUCGCCCCAGGAUCGAACCCGCGGAGCCGCCUCGGGAGGAAGGCAGAACCGACCCGCCCGGCGAUGUCGCCCUCCUUGCCCCUCGCCUCCACCUCCUUCAGGGACCCCUUCCCACGACCCCGUUGCUUGGCCGCCGCCGCCCCCGCCGGCAAAGCCAAGCUCACCCACCCGGGCAAAGCCAUCCUGGCAGGCGGCAUUGCCGGUGGUAUCGAGAUCUGCAUUACAUUCCCCACGGAGUAUGUGAAAACCCAGCUUCAGUUGGACGAGAAAGCGAACCCUCCACGCUACAAAGGCAUCGCGGACUGUGUGAAGGUGACUGUCCGAGACCAUGGGAUCAAAGGUCUUUAUCGAGGCCUCAGUUCGCUGGUGUAUGGCUCAAUACCAAAGGCUGCUGUGAGGUUUGGGAUGUUUGAGUUCCUCAGCAACCACAUGAGAGAUGCAGAAGGGAAGCUGGACAGCACCAGGGGCCUCCUGGCCGGUUUGGGAGCCGGCGUGGCGGAAGCGGUGGUUGUGGUGUGUCCGAUGGAAACGAUCAAGGUUAAGUUUAUCCAUGACCAGUGCUCCCCGAAGCCAAAGUAUCGAGGUUUCUUCCAUGGAGUGCGGGAGAUUGUUCGGGAACAAGGCUUUAGGGGCACUUACCAGGGUUUGACGGCCACUGUCCUAAAACAAGGAUCCAACCAAGCCAUUCGCUUUUUUGUCAUGACAGCUCUCAGGAAUUGGUACAAAGGAGAUGAUCCAAACAAAGCUAUAAACCCCUUGGUCACCGGCAUAUUUGGAGCGGUUGCCGGAGCGGCCAGUGUUUUUGGCAAUACUCCUUUGGAUGUUGUGAAGACCAGGAUGCAGGGCCUUGAGGCACACAAAUACAAGAGCACCUGGGACUGUGCCUAUAAGAUCAUGAAAUACGAAGGACCCCUUGCGUUUUACAAGGGCACCAUCCCCCGCCUGGGCCGGGUCUGCUUAGACGUGGCCAUUGUGUUCAUCAUCUACGACGAGGUGGUCAAAAUCCUCAACAAGGUGUGGAAGACGGAUUGAGCGUUGGCCAGCGGGCGAGAGCAGCGCCGUCUCCCCAUCCACCAGGACAGGCAACAGCUGGGGGAAAAAGGCAUGACCAACCACAGAAGGCAUUCUAGGGUGUGUGUGUGUUGUUGUUGUAUUAUUAUAAUUUUUUUUCAUCUGAAGGGGUCGCCAGCCAUCCUGGCCCCCUCGCCGGUGCCAACAGGACACUCAUCCACGUCCACAAGCUGCUGUUUCCCUAUUAAGCUUCAUGGGCACGUACAACAUUUAUCAGAAUGAACUCUGGAGAUUUUGAGGAUUGUUUUCUUCGUAAAUUAUUGAUUGUACUAUUACAUAACCAGUGGGAUUUGGGGCAGGAAGGAGCUGAGGGGGUGGAGGAUGCGUUGUGAUAGGGCACCGUUUUAUGCCAUCUUAGGAGUGUGGAGGUUGAGCAGGGGUUUACCUCAUUGCCACAAGAGAGGGGAGGAAGACGUCCCUCAGAGAUCGACACGGCAAAAGCAAGCCAACUCUUCUAGGAAAGAUAAUUCGUUUUAAAAGGUGAUUUGGGAUGAGAUUUGUGACUCAUGCCAUUUUUGCUGGGGCUUUGUCAAAAGGAGGAAAUGGCAUGGGGUGGUCGGCUGGGAGGGAACUCCUCCAAGACGACCAGGAGAAAGGCUUCUGUCCGUGACAUUUAUUGAAUCGGACGAGGAGGCCCGGAGAAGCGUUGUUGGCUUACAGUUGGGGGGUCGCUCAACCCAGAAGAGCCAAAGAACCAAGCCAAGGGAAAUCAGCUGUAGGGCUGUCUCUAGUUCUCUUAUCUCACUUCUGCCUACCCACCCCACAAAUGAUUAAACACAGGCAUUUUCACAGGAACACAGAAAUACUUGGGGACACUGACAGGGGUGGGAGGUGGAACAGAAGUUGAAUACAUUCCAUGAGCCAUCUUUCAUCAGCUUCCUUUCGUCUACUUGUAGCUUUUUGUGGUUCUGCCUUCUCUUGUUACCCAGAAGUGAGCAUCCUGAACCUCCGGCUCAAAUAAUAGAUUGGACCAUUGCAUCGUUUGAGUGGUGGUGGGUUUUUGUUGUUUCUUGUUUGUUGUGUCAGUUUUACUGGCUUGCGACGGGACAAGAGAGCAGUUCUUUCUGUAAAGGUUCCUGCCUUCAGCGUAAGAGGAGAAGAAGCCGUUCCAGCUUUUGGAAGGUCUCUGUGUACUGUGUGAGCCAUACUCGGACGUGGCCGGUUGGCCCAUUGGCACCACCUGCCGGCAGGUACCAUGCCAGGUGAGAGAGCUGCUGCUACCCCAAUGGUUAGGCGACACAACACACACUGGCCUUGGCGUUUGCCCCAAAGCCAUUGGCAUUCACGAGCGCGCAGGCAAGCCAACGUUGCAGGAAACGUCCAAAUAAUGAAAGCCGUGUUUGAUGUCACCUUUUGGGACAGGUGCGACCCUCCAGCUGUUUAUGCUACCAUUCCCGUCAGCCCUAGCCAGCAAAAAGAUAGGAGUUGUAAUCCUGGAGAACCACAGAUUUGCCCACCUGUGUUUUAGCAGAGGCCAGAGCAGAGAAGAGAAUGCCCAUUGCUGUGGGUUGGCAGCAGAACACAGUGUCAAGAACGUUGAAGGGCGGGGGCUGUUCUGGUGGGUUAGUUUUGGUGUGGCAGCGGCUGCAGAUGAUUAGGAGGUGGUGGGGAGCACUUAGCACCUGCUAGCUCCAUUAUGAUGCCAACCACAAUAUCACCCCUAUUCGGAGAUGGCAACAUGACCUAUACAGACCAUGCAUGAUCCUUCUAUACCAGGACUGGGGGACCUGCGGUUUCCAUUUUUGCAUUCAAGGAGGGUUUGAAACAUUGGGGGACCUGUUCCCCCAUGGAACAUAAGUCCUCUGUGCUUGUUUGAGUUUUCCUGCUGCAUUGCGCAGAAACUGUCUUCCCUGCCCACCCCAUAAGCUCAUUCCGUAAGAGCUCAUUUGUUUACAUUUCUGAAUGGGAGAGAGAAGUAGGGUUGGCCUUAAAAGUCAAUGAAGUUACUUCCUCACUUGAGCCUUUGAAAGGUUCUCCUUGUUUCUUCUUUUUUCUUUUUCAAACGUUCUCUGCUCUCCCUCUCCACGGACGCUUUCCCUUUCUCUCUUUCGGUUUGAGGGCCAUCGCACGUCCUGAGCUUCACGCACACAGAGGCUUGGCAAGCAUGACACGGACCGAUUCAUCCUUGUACUGUAUUUGGAGAGGACUUCACUGUUAUUGUUUUUCUGUUGCCCAGGUGCCAAGAGAAACACGUGGCAACUCUAUUCCACGUUUGUGCCAAAUUUUGUAUGUCUUUGUCUCUUUCGGCACGUGGGGUGGUGGCGUUUCCUGCAGCCCCCAACACCUGUUAGAUGCACACGGUUGGUUGGUUAAAUGCAGCUUAUUGUUGAUGGGAGUCCCGGUCAAAGGAGAAAUCCAGAGGGUUCUCUCCUUCUCCACUGCUACGUUUUAAGGUAUAUUCAGAGGAGCCAAAUAUAUAUUAAUUAAUUAAAUGUAGAAUUAUAUAUAUAUAAUUCUACACUUAAUUCUUUGAACUUUUGGAUUGGAACCCCAACUGUGUGAAGCAUUUUGAAUAAGACCGAAACGUUGCAAAACCAAACAAACACGUGCAAACAGGUCAGCUGUAAGGAACAGAUGUUAUUCUUCGUAAUAUUUCACAAAAAUCGAGCUGUCUCUCUGUAAUGGUCCCCCCCGAUCCUCAGCCGGUUGUGGCUUUGAAUGUACCAUCGGGCAUUCUGUCUCCUGUAGGUCUGAUAGCAGACGGCCGAAUGAUGUCCAGGUUUCUUUUUUAUUUUAUUUUUGCACACACCCAGUGGCAAACGGAAGCGUUGGGGCUGGGGCUGGGGGCUCUCGCUCUGCGAACCAAGGAUUCUCUUUAUUACCUUAACUUGAGUUGAAUGUUUUAAAUGUUGUCCCUCCCCCUCACACUGUGUACCCCAGCAGCUUGACACUAGAAUGAUUCUGGAAUUUCUGGACUCUCCAGCGAGGCCGUGAAAAAAUAAAACCAAAGUUGCCUGUUUAAUAAAGCCA